AUGGCGCAGACGAUGAAAGCAGUCCACUACGAAGGCCCGUUCAAGGUCUCGGUCAAGGAUGUUCCCCUCCCGAAAAUCGAGCACCCGGACGAUGUCAUCAUCAAGGUCACCACCGCGGCCAUCUGCGGUUCAGACCUCCACAUGUACCAGGGCCGCACGGCCGCCGAGGCCGGGUUGGUCUUCGGGCACGAGAACAUGGGUAUAGUCACCGAAACCGGGCCCGGCGUAACCCUGCUCUCGGCAGGCGACCGGAUCGUCCUCCCCUUCAACGUCGCCGACGGGCGCUGCCGCAACUGCGAAGAGGGCCGCACGGCCUUCUGCACGGGCGUCAACGCGGGCUUCGCGGGCGGGGCGUACGGCUACGUCGCCAUGGGGCCCUACCAAGGCGGGCAAGCGCAGUACCUGCGCGUCCCCUACGCCGACUUCAACGCGCUCAAGUUGCCUGCUGGCACCGAGCACGAAGCCGACUUCGCGCUGCUGGCCGACAUCUUCCCGACGGGGUGGCACGGGCUGGUGCUAGCGGGCUUCAAGGCUGGCGAGACGGUGGCCGUGUUUGGUGCUGGCCCUGUCGGGUUGAUGGCGGCGUACAGCGGGGUGCUGCGCGGGGCGAGCAGGGUGUUCGUGGUGGACCAGGUCGCUGAGAGGUUGCAAGCGGCGGAGAGGAUUGGGUGCGUGCCCGUUAAUUUCCGCGACGGCGACCCGGUGGAGCAGAUCAUCAGGGCGAAUGGAGGCGAGAUGGUCGAUCGCGCGGUGGAUGCCGUGGGUUAUCAGGCCGUUGACGCGUCUGGGAGCACGGAGAAGCCGAACAUCGUGCUCGAUCAGCUCAUCCGCGUCACGAGGCCGACGGGCGGGCUGGGCAUUCCGGGUUUGUACGUGCCCGCGGAUCCUGGGGCGCCGGAUGAGCAGAGCGGGAAGGGCCAGAUUCUGAUCUCGUUUGGGAAGCUGUUUGAGAAGGGCUUGUCUCUCGGAACCGGCCAGUGCAACGUCAAAGCGUACAACAGAUACCUCCGCGAUCUGAUCAUCUCCGGCAGGGCCAAACCUUCUUUCGUCGUCUCUCAUGAGGUUUCGAUUGAUGAGGCGUCUGAUGCGUAUGAGAAGUUUGACAAGCGAAUCAACGGGUAUACCAAGGUGCUGAUUCAUCCCAAUGGGCCUCUUUCGUAA